GGCUGCAGGCAGACAGCCCCGAGCCGCCGCGCUGCGGGUCCGACCCCACAGCCUGCGAGGGGGGUAGGUGGUGGUGGUGGUCGGAGGCGGGAAGCGCAUCGCCAGACAGCCACCCCGCCGGACCGCAGCCCUGCCCAGUAUGUCGGCGCUCGAGUGGUACGCGCACAAAUCCCUCGGCGACGGCAUCUUCUGGAUUCAGGAGCGCUUCUACGAGUCGGGCAACCGCGCCAACAUCUGGCUGGUGCGCGGCUCCGAGCAGGAUGUGGUGAUCGACACGGGCCUGGGGCUGCGCAGUCUGCCCGAGUACCUGCACUCCGCCGGCCUCUUGCAGGACCGCGGGGACAGAGACGACCGGGCUUGCCGGCCGCUGCUGGCCGUGGCCACCCACGUGCACUUCGAUCACUCCGGAGGCCUCUACCAGUUCGACCGAGUGGCGGUGCACCACGCCGAAGCCGAGGCGCUGACCCGCGGGGACAACUUCGAGACGGUGACCUGGCUGUCGGAUAGUGAAGUGGUGAGGGCGCCCAGCCCCGGCUGGAGGGCCCGGCAGUUCCGAGUGCAGGCGGUGCAGCCCACCCUCAUCCUGCAGGAUGGUGAUGUGAUCAACCUUGGUGACAGACAACUUACUGUUAUGCACAUGCCUGGUCACUCCAGGGGCAGUAUUUGCUUACAUGACAAAGACCGGAAGAUUCUCUUCAGUGGAGACGUUGUGUAUGAUGGAUCCCUGAUUGACUGGCUCCCAUACAGCAGGAUAAAUGACUAUGUUGGGACCUGUGAAAGGCUGAUAGAACUGGUGGACAGAGGUCAGGUGGAGAAGGUGCUCCCUGGGCACUUUAAUACUUUUGGUGCUGAAAGGCUUUUUCGUUUGGCUUCUAACUAUAUUUCAAAAGCCGGGAUAUGUCACAAGGUUUCUACUUGUGCCAUGAGAUCACUUGCAAGUUUAGCCCUAAGAGUAACAAAUUCUAGAACCUCACCCUAGAAACAACUGUUAAUCUGUUUUGAUUAAUUGUAUAAGUUAGUCAAAUUCAUUUUGUGCUCUCUCAACAUUAGUAGUGAGCUUCUCAAGAAGUGUUUUUAUCAUGUUAUUGUACACUAGAGAAAGAUUGAGAAUGAGAAAGCCAAAAACAAAGGAAGUUCUAAUUUUUUUUUUCCCUUUCUGCUAAAUAAGAAACCACUUAGCUAGUUUACCAUUUGCUAAAACUGUCAUCCUGUAAUAUUUGCUCUAUGACAUGGAGAAGCAAGGAAGCAUUUUACAGUGAGAGGAAAAAAAAUAAGAAACUGUCCUCGUCUUACAUUUGUUUUUACCAUAUGUGAGCUGUUAUUGCCGUGGCCAGAUGUUUUUUUUUUUUUUUUUCAGAUAGAAACAGAGAGAGACAGAGAGACUAAGAGAAAGAAAGCACAACACCGAAGUUUCCUCCAGUGCAGAGGUGGUGGCCAGGUCCAAACCUGAGCCUCAGGCUUGGCAAAGCAAGCACACUUUCCAGGUGAGCUGUUUUGCCUGGCUCAGCUUUGAUAUUUUAAGUAUAUUAUUUAAAUAUAAAGACUCUGGGGUUUAAAAGACCAUAGAACUCAAUUAAAAUACAAACUAACAUUUAGAAUGACAGCUAAAAUAUUACAUUGUUACAGUUCUGAAUUUUUAUUUAUUUAUUUAUUCUGAAUGAUAUAGUGCGCAUUCUAUGUUGUGUAAUUUGCUUACAAAUAGUACAAUGAAAUGGUUUUAUUGCAAAGCUUUAAAUAUAAAUUGCAGAGUGUUUCAGUAAAAAAAAGAAACUAUAUUUAGUGUUGGUAAAAUGUAAGUGUAAUAUUUUCAGUCAUCGAAGUGAAAUUCAAAUGUCUGUAUCCUAACUAAAAAUUGUCAAAUUUCACAAAAGGACACUGUCAGGCAAACUUGAAAAUAUACAUAUUAAGAGAAUUUUUUUAUCAUAUCCUAUUUUGAUAUUGACAGUUAUUAACAAAAUUUUUCUUGUUAAAUAGCAGCUUUAAUUACGUGUCAUAUUUCUUAACAGCAAAGCAACCACAGCAACCACAGAGAUCUACAUUGUCCUGAUAUAAACCGUUCUCUUCCUUAACAUGCUUAUUAUCACAGUUGUAAAAUAUGCAUUAGAUAAUUGACUUCAAGUGAGUUACCUUUUUUAUCCUGAUUCACAACACCUAUUCUUGUUUGAUAUUCUUUGUCUUAAAUGAAAAAAAGAGUACAUUUAUAAAGUUACUGCAAAGGUUACUUCACUGGUCAGUAAAAAUGUUUAGAUUUGGUGGUGCUCUUAAUAAUUUAUCACAAAGCCUUUGGAAAUAUUUCAUAAUGUUUCUUAACAAAAAAUUUCACUGCCUUUAUAUUAUUGACAUGUUUAAACUAAACUGAGAUAGCUUUGAAAUUUUUUUUUUAAUGUCUGGAAGCUUCAGCAAAUUUGAUUUAUGAAAAUUUGUGAAACUUUUCCUACCCUACACUUACCCAGGUUUUUAAGUCUUUUAUUCGUUCAGCAAGCAAACACAAAUCCCAUAUGCAUUCAAACAGCACACAUACACUCACGCCCUGCAUUGUGCUAAACACUGUGGCUGCUUCAUCAUCAGUCAAACAGCAGGAGAGCAAACUUUGUAGUCAAAGACAAAACACUAUUGAUGAUGAUAAUAAUAAAUAACAUAUGCCGAUAGAUUUUAGUACAAAUUACACAAGCGUGUCAGAGGCAUACAUGAAGAGUUGUGAACUUUGGGUGGUGCAGAUGCUCCUGAGGGAGAGGUUAUUUCUCAGUCUUAUUUAAAAGGAUGUUUUAUUAGAUAAUGUAGAAAACAAAAGCUCUAAGAAUAUGUAUAUGGAAACAUUACUGUCUAGAAUAAGCUUUUCUUUGUGACAAUUUAAAUAUAACUUUUAAGACUCUUCCAAACACCAAGUGUUUAGCAUGAGAAAGUUGAGUUUGUGAUUAUGUAUACGAGUCAUUCUUAAUGACAGGUAAACUGUACUACCACAUGGACCUCUCCUUAAAAUUCUUAAAACUGUCAUGAUUAUUGACAUGUAGAUUGUCAUAGGAUUCUCUCUGUGAUAGAUGGUUGUUCCUGGAAGGAGGUCUGUCUCAACUAUAACAUCAAGAAUAUAGUUUAGUUCAGGGCAACUACAAACAAUCGCUUAAGGAGCCUUAAAUAUAGCCAUUAUUUUUCUAUCAGUAACACAAGAAAAUUAAAAAAACCAAAAGUCCUUAAUCAUUGACCAUUUUAUCAUAACUAGGAUAUUUUAUUUUUAAUCAGGGUAUAAUAGGCACUAAAUUUUCUUGAGGGAAAUGUUUAAACCUAACAAAUGUGACAUGCACAGAUUGUCUUAAAAUGUAGCUUUUCACAACACAUUUGUGGUGGGUUUUAAAUUUCUUAAGUUUGUUUUUGCUUUUCAAAUUGUACCCCAAAAAAAGAAGGUACAAUAUUUUGCUAUUGUUUCAAGGUAAAUAAAUUGAGGGAAGGAUCUUUCAUUCAUUUAUCUCCCAUGGUAGGCAUUUAAAAGUAUAAAUUGUUUAAUUUAAUCCUGGCCACAGUGCCAUGAAGUAACUAACCAGCCUCACACAACACAACUUUGAACAAAGCUGGUAAUUGAACAUGUCUUUCUACUUCCCAAACCAUACUCUUUUUCUCACAUCUGCAUAAUAACAUCAAAUUGGCAAAAUGUAUUUUUACUUUACAAUAUACCACAUGUGCCAAGAGUAGUCAAGUGAUGUUAAAGCAUAAUAAUAGCAUAUUAUUUAAAAAAAAAAAGCUUUAAAAAUAUAUUUUCAUCCUGACAGUGACCCUUGUUGUAAUUUAUGGUUUUGGAAAUAAUAGUACUUAGUUUACUUCAAAGAUGUCAAGUGUACAUUACUAGAAAUACUUUUAUUAUUUAUAUUGUUAAUAGCUAAUCUUUGGAAAGUCAUGAUCUUUAUUUGGUAUUUACUUUGAGCAGUCUAAAAGAAACAAAAGCAGUAUUUGUUAUCUUGAUAUAGCUGAGUAAAUGACUAUGUGUAGUUGUUGUCAUAUGGAUGUAAUAUGAAUGUGACAUGUACAAGCUGUCCUGUCAUAAUUUUCAGAUAAAUGUAAUUAAACAGGUGAUAUUAAAGUAA